AUGUCGACUCUGGGAGGCCGCCGCGGGAUGAGGCCUAAAAUGAUGAUGCCGUUUGAUGCCCAGCCGCCUCAGCCGGUCAUCUCAGCUCACCCCAUCCACUCCCUGGACUCGCUCCAGCCUCAGCACUACCACAGCCUGGCCUCGCCCACGCGCACCUACCUGUACCACCCCCAGGCCAGUGGAGGGCGCUACCACCCCUGUGCCUCCCCCAUCGCUCACCUGUCCCGGGGCGAGUCUAUAGGUGAGGCCUUCCAUCUCACUCACUGUGGCUCCUGCUCCGCUCUGACCCGCUGUGGAGAGUGUGUGACCUGA